AUGACUCCUAAUACUAUGGGCAAUAGGCCACAGUAUGAACCCCGCCCGACAUACCAGCGUGCUGGUUUGGUCUUUAUGCAUCUCGCAUUUGGAGGUUGGGUGGCAUUUAUGAUUGGCAUGAAAAGUGGAAUGAAUGUAAAGAGGAUCUGGCUGACUCCACCACGUCAGCGAGGGGGUCUGGCCAUGACGACGCGGAAGGCAAUUGCGCGUCCAAAGGUCGCGACUUUCGAAGGCUUCGGCAGUUUUGGUCUACGGGGCAAUGCACUGGACGUGAAAAAUUGCCGCUUAUCCACUGCAGAACCCGCAAACGACCUAACAUUGAUUGUUGCCGCACCGGGGAAUAGAGAACAGCAACUUUCGAUCGCGACGAAAGGCGUUUAUAUUGACGGCAAGCCUGUUUCACGCGAUGAAGUUUACACUUCGCUCUCGCAAGUCUUUGGACAUAAAUCCGAACCCGCGUCCUGGAUAAGUGGACCCAUUCUCAGAGAUGCACAGAACCCAUAA